GAUCAGAUCGGGACAUCCCUAAACGUUAUGAAAACCACUGGCAGACCAGCAGCCUUUUUAUGGAAAGCACAACUGCAUCUAACGUGUGUCUCCUCCCGCUCCUCCUGCCAUUCCCUAAUGGCAGCUCCUCCUAAACCACACAGCAUGUCGGACGGGGAGGAGCAGCUGGACCGCCUCCAGCAGGCGGAGCUCACCCGCACCACCUGCAUGUCCCACUGGAGGGCGGGGGCCGUCCAGGCCUGGAUGGAGGUGGUCAUGGGGAUGCCCAUGUACAUCCGAGCCUGCUCAGAAAAUGUGAAAAGUGGAAAGGUGCUGCUGAGCCUGACGGAUGAGGAUUUAGAGCUGGGUCUGGGUAUCGGUAAUCAAAUUCACCGCAGGAAAGUGAGGCUGGCCAUUGAGGAUUACAGGAGAGCAGAGGGGGACCAGGGACUUUCUAAAGCGUCAGAGCUGGACCAUCAUUGGGUCUCGACAUCGUGGCUGAGUGACGUUGGUCUGCCUCAGUACUCCCAAACCUUCCAGACCAACUUAGUGGACGGUCGAGUGCUGAACUCGCUCAGCCGCAGAGAUCUGGAGAGAUUCCUGAACAUCGGUGACCAUUUCCACCAGACCAGUCUGCUUCUGGCCAUCCAGCUCCUGCAGAUGCUGAGCUUCGACAAAGAGGCCUUGCAAUUACGGCGCUUAAAAUGUGAGCAUGAAAACCGGGACCCGCUCGUCUGGACGUGUCACAGAGUGAUGAAGUGGAUCAAGGACAUAGACCUCAAGGAGUUUGCAGAAAACCUUCAGGGAAAAGGCAUUCAUGGUGCAGUAAUCGCCCUGGACCAGUCCUUCGACACAGAGGCCUUGGCCAAUGCUCUGGGAAUCCCCAGCAACAAACACAUGCUGCACAGACACCUGUAUGAAGAAAUGAAGUUGCUCUCCGCCCCGCUCAGUAACACAGAGCAGGGCUCUGAGGUUAUCAGCUCUUCUUCACCUGUGGCUGUUAACCGCUUUGCUGAUGAAAGGUCCUCCAUCAGGAGAUUAGGAAAGAGUCCGCUGAGGUUACGCGCAGAAAGUCACUCCGUGAAGCGUGGCCUUGGUUUCCAUGGCAACUGCGGCUCUCUGCCCAGAGAGGCCAGAGUUCACGCCGUUCCCCGCGCCAAGGGAAGCCCCAUGCACACCUUCAAGAGCGUCGAAAUCACCAACGUGUGAAGGAGCCGUGGAGAUGUUGUCUGUUUACACUGUCGUGUUUCCAGCUCUACAACGCUAGAGCGUUUUUAAAGGUUUAGCUAACGUUAUUCUGUAGAUCAGAUCUACUUCUGCACUUCAAAAGACCCGAUGUAGCUGUUGUACAUUAAUGAAUUGUCUAAAGUCAUUUUUGUUUUGUAAGUUUUUUGAUUGAGGUUUAUAUGUAAUUAAUAAAAACAAGCAGAAAUCAUAAAAAAUAA